AUGUCUUUACCACCACAGCUCCAAGAGUCUCUGGACAACACCAAAUGUGAAUACCGUAACUUGGGUCAAAGUGGGCUUCGUGUCUCGGUACCCAUCCUAGGAUGCGCGUCUUUUGGCGACCCACGCACGUUGGAGUGGUUUCUUGACGAAGACCAGUCCUUGCCACUGCUCAAAGCAGCCUACGAUAGAGGCCUCAACACGUGGGACAUGGCCAAUAGCUACUCCAACGGCGUCAGCGAGCUGACGGUGGGCAAGGCGCUCAAAAGGUACAACAUCCCGCGACACAAGGUCGUCCUCAUGACCAAGUGCCGAUGGGGCGUCAGCGACAACGACCCCAGGAUCCGGCACCCCUUCAUGCGCGCUGCGGUCGAGGCGUCCAAGGACUACCAGAACAACUACGGCCUCUCGCGCACCGCCAUCUUCAACCAGGUCGACGCCAGCCUGCAGCGCCUGGGCACGAACUACAUCGACCUGCUGCACGUGCACUCGUUCGACUACGACGUGCCCGUCGAGGAGACGAUGCGGGCGCUGCACGACCUGGUCCAGUCCGGCAAGGUGCGCUACCUCGGCGCCAGCCGCAUGUGGGCGACGCAGUUUGCGCGCAUGCAGUUCUGCGCCGAGCGCAACGGGUGGACCAAGUUCGUCGCCAUGCAGAGCCAGUACAGCCUGCUGUACCGCGAGGAGGAGCGCGAGAUGGUCCGCUUCUGCAACGACACGGGCGUCGGCCUCGUGCCGUGGUCGCCGCUGUGCCGCGGGCACCUCGCGCGGCCGGCGUCCGAGUCUGGCAGCACGGUGCGGAGCAGGUGGGAGCAGGCCGCCGGCGGGCCACAGCUGUCGGUCACGGACCUGGCCAUCGUGCAGAGGGUGCAGGAGGUUGCGGAGAAGCGCGGGUGGCCCAUGGCGCACGUAGCACUCGCGUGGCUCAGCAAGCGGGUGACGAGCCCCAUCGUCGGCCUCAACAGCAUCAAGCGUCUGGACGAGGCCACGGCAGUGCGGGGCAAGGUCUUGACGGCUGAAGAGGAGCAGUAUCUGGAGGAACUUUACCAGCCGAAGCCCGUGCUGGACAACCUGUGA